AUGGUGUCAAGUAGUCCUUACCAAUGUCUGACCCUCUCGCUGCUCAUCCUUCCACCGCUCCUGCUAACCACCUACUUCCUUGCCGCAUUCCCCAAUCCCCCGGAGCCGACCUUCCUGCACACAUCUCUCGCAAGCCUGCCAGCGACUUCAAAGUCGUGGUCAAUCUAUCCUGAAAACUACUACCCAGGGGGAGGGUACGCCACGUUCCCGUACGGCAGGGUCAGAUAUUGGGUAAUGGGCCCUGAAACGGGCGAGAAGGUUGUUCUCAUACAUGGACUGUCGAUUCCCGCUAUCAUAUGGAAGGAAAUUGCGCCAAAGCUGGCGUCGCGUGGCUAUCGAGUACUCCUCUACGAUCUAUAUGGACGGGGAUACUCCGACGCGCCGCAGAUGACCUACGACCCUAACCUGUACACCAUCCAACUCGCGCUCCUCAUGCAGCACCUGCGGUGGGACAAGGCCGCGAUCGUCGGGGUGUCCAUGGGCGGAGGCAUUGCGGCGGCUUUCACGGCGCAAUUCCCUCACCUUGUCAACGGCAAGGUCGUUCUCAUCGCCUCUGCAGGGUUGAUGGAGACCAGCGACAUUUCACGCACGGCAAAGUUCAUGUCGUCACCACUGAUACAAACACUUGCUUCGAGCACGCCAGUCCGAAAAUACCUUCAACGUCUUACCAACAGCACACGAGGGGCUGAAUCAAACCCUCUUACGGAGAUCGUGAGACUGCAAUCAGCCCACCUACCAGGUUACAACGCCGCUCUUUCCUCUUCCCUGCGCGACGGUCCCAUACGCGGGCAGGCGGCUGCUUUCUCAUCCGACGGAUUCAAAGGCAGACGCGUCUUACUCAUUCACGGCACAGAAGACGUUACCGUCCACCCGAAAUACGCACCCCUCAUUUUAAGCAUGCUGCCAUCUGAUACCCGUGCCCGCUCAAAACUAAUUAGCGUCGAUGGUGCUGGCCACGAUUUGACAGUCAGCCAUUCUACCCUCGUCGCGGACUCGCUCGUGGCGUUUUUGGAAGGCAAGGAAAUGGAAACGGAAACAUAGUAUGCCCCCACACCCCCCACCCAUUUAAAAUUUAUUCGGAUCUGCGCUUGUUGUAUGUACCACCACCGCACUUUUCUCUUUCCUCCGCAUUUUACUGCACCCGCCACUGUUACCAUUAAUAGACUAUCGGAUGUGGAUUGGAAUUCUUCCAUAUGUUACUUACCUUACUACUUCCUUCUGCGUUCCCUCCCCCUUCAGACUUCCCGCCUUGUUCAUCUAUCAUCCAUCAUUCCCGCUUAUGCAUUCCAUUCAUACCUUACUUGUUGCCAACAUUACCACCACCCACCAUCCCGCGACAAAAACGAUGUGUUUCCACAAAAUUUCGGACGAUACGUUACGUAUACUGCCCCUAGUAUAAACCCACCAUAUGUUGCUUAUUACUUACCUAACUCUAUUAUUGCAAUUU